AUGACCCAAAAAGAAAGAGAUGAGGAUCGCAAUGCAAAGGACGACUCAAAGAAUGACAAGGGAGUGAUAGUUGACUUGGAGUUAGACGAGGAUCAAGGACAUGCUGUUAUUAUUCAUCAUGACCACCAAACUCCUCCAACAACAACAACUUCAACAGCAGUGGCCACUACACAAAUUCUCACAUCUAUGAAUCAGCUGCAACAAGAACAAGAACCAACAACAAGAAUACAACAAUCAAACAACUCUCUGAUGCAACCACCUUCAAUGGUGGCGUUUCCAUCAGCAGUUUCCGUGAUUAGCUCCAACAAUUCAACCUUUGAAAGCAACAAAACAAUUGUUGGUGGAGCACUAUCAAUCAUUUCAGACUUUGAUGAUAAUAAUUACAAGGCACUCAAAACUGUGAAAUUGACACACGACUUGCAGUAUGCAGAACACAAGAAGAGGAAGAAGAAUUUAAUGGAGAAGAAGUAUAUUUGGGUGCUAUUGACCAUUGCUAGUGUUUUUGGAGGAGUGGUGGCCUAUGUGCAUGAUUUAAUAUUGAGAUAUAUGUUUCAAGGACGGAUAACAAUUGUAGAACAAAUUGAUUCUUCCUUAUUUGGAGUUCGAUUACUAGUUUGGAUUAUUUUCAAUUUAUUUUUCAUUGUAAUUACAUUAUUGAUGGUUGUAUUGAUUGCACCAUCAGCAGAGGGCUCAGGAGUAUCCCAUAUUAAGGCAAUUUUGAAUGGAGCCGAAUUGAAAGAUGCCAUGAGUUUACAAACAUUUAUUGUAAAACUUGUAACUGUGGCCAUGGUUGUUGGAUCUCAGAUGGUUUUGGGUAAAAUGGGUCCAACCAUUCACAUUUGUACAAUUUUCAUAUUGUACUUGAUUAAAUUGAAGAUUUUCAAACCAAUUGAAAAAUCAAAACGAUUGAGACAACAAUUAAUUUUAUGUGGAGUUUCAAUUGGAGUUGGAGCUGCAUUUGCAGCACCUUGUGGAGCAGUUCUCUUUGCAGUUGAAUUAGUGGGUGGUUAUUAUUCAAUGAGAACUUAUUUCAAAGCUUUUUUUGUGGCAACAUUGAGUGCUGUUGUUUCAAGGUCGCUCAACUCUAUCAUUACAUUGAAUAUUGAUUAUGAAACUUAUUGGGAUAUUCAGAUAGUCAAUCCUGCAUAUACUUCAUUUGAAAUUCUCUUAUUUGCAUUGUUGGGAGUAUUGAUUGGAGUGAUGGGAAUAGUUUUCGUUCAAAUUAACAUUUUCCUGAUGAAACUCAAAGAUAAAUUUGGAAGUUUAAUUUUGUGGAUGGAUUUGACAAGUAAUUUGACAAGUAAGCAACGAAUUUUCAAAAUAUUUGAGAAUAAGAUUAUUCUUACCAUUGUGUUUAGUAUACUGACAAGUAUACUGAGCUACCCAGAUUUAUUUGGCAAAUUCACUUCACUCUCCUAUGGAAAUCUCUUUAAAGAUUUGAUGAGUACGAAAAGUCUUUCCCUAGAAAACAAUUGGUUUACCAAUUCUCCAACAGAAGUAUUCGAAUCCUUAUUCAUCUUACUAGUCAUCAAAUUCUUCCUCAUCAUUUUCACAAUUGUCCUUCCAAUUCCAGGCGGCUCCUACAAUGGCAUUAUUUUACUAGGCACCAUUGUUGGACGAAUCAUGGGUGAAAUCAUUUCCAUACUCGCACCAAAUGGUUUUCCCUACUUGUUUGGCAUAUACGAAACUGAGAAACAACAAUUCCUACAACCUGGAGCUUAUGCAUUCGUUGGUGGAGUGGCAAGUGCUGCCUGUGUUACUCAAUCCUAUUCAGUAGUUGUAAUAUUUCUCGAAAUGGCAGGAGGAGGGGCCCAUAUUCCAUCUCUCAUUGCAAGUGUCAUUGCACUGAGUAUUACAAAAUACUUUUCAUUGGGCAUGUAUAAUAUUGUAAUUGAUUUGAGAGGGUGGAAUGCCAUGUUGGAACAGCAAACUGAUUCAGAUGAGUUGAAACUUGUGACUAUUAUGAAACCCUUUGAUGAGAUGGAGUUUAUUCUGGAGGAGGAAGUUUCGUUUGAAGUGAUGGAGUUUAUAUUGGAAAAAUUGAAAAGCUCAACUGUUGAAAUUAUUCCAAUUAUCAAUAAUAGAAAGGAUUUGAUUCUACUUGGAAAGGUUUCAAAGAAUUCCCUCAUUGAACAAUACUUGAAAAAGAAGGAAAUUGUUGAAAGGAAUGAAUUAUCUGAAAAUCAACAAGAAACUGACAAGACGAAACGAGAUUUCACCAACCAGAAACGAUCUCUUCUCAUUGACUAUCAAAGUUGUGAUGUAGUUUUAAGUGAAUCGAAUGAUGUCCACACAGCUCAUCAAAUUCUCUAUCAGAAUACUCAUUUAGAUUCAUUGUUUGUGUGUUGGAAAGGUAAAUUAUUGGGAGUUGUGGAGAGGAGAGCUGUGAAGAGUUCAAUUUUAUCGAAAAAACAAAAGAAGGAAUUGUUUAUUUAUAAUUUGUAUUAAAUUUGAGAUGUGAUUACAGACAGUUAUUAGAGUUGGUUUAUUUUCAGGUUGUGUGUUGUAGGAAUGUCAAUAACUUUCGAAUAAAAUUUCUUAUUGAGGUUUC